AAGAGGAAGUGUGGGCCACAGGCUAGGCCCAGAGAGCCUGGAGGAGGAGCCUCUGCCAGAGUGGAGAGAAGCAGGCCUGAGCCUCCCCAAAGGCAGCUCCUGGGGACUCCCAGGACCACAGGCUGAGACAAGACUCAGGGUGGCUGGAGGAAGUGAGAGGUGAACUCAGCCUGGGACUGGCUGGGCGAGACUCUCCACCUGCUCCCUGGGACCAUCGCCCACCAUGGCUGUGGCCCAGCAGCUGCGGGCCGAGAGUGACUUUGAACAGCUUCCGGAUGAUGUUGCCAUCUCGGCCAACAUUGCUGACAUCGAGGAGAAGAGAGGCUUCACCAGCCACUUUGUUUUCGUCAUCGAGGUGAAGACAAAAGGAGGAUCCAAGUACCUCAUCUACCGCCGCUACCGCCAGUUCCAUGCUUUGCAGAGCAAGCUGGAGGAGCGCUUCGGGCCAGACAGCAAGAGCAGUGCCCUGGCCUGUACCCUGCCCACACUCCCAGCCAAAGUCUACGUGGGUGUGAAACAGGAGAUCGCCGAGAUGCGGAUACCUGCCCUCAAUGCCUACAUGAAGAGCCUGCUCAGCCUGCCGGUCUGGGUGCUGAUGGAUGAGGACGUCCGGAUCUUCUUUUACCAGUCGCCCUAUGACUCAGAGCAGGUGCCCCAGGCACUCCGCCGGCUCCGCCCGCGCACCCGGAAAGUCAAGAGCAUGUCCCCACAAGGCAACAGCGUUGACCGCAUGGCAGCUCCGAGAGCAGAGGCUCUAUUUGACUUCACUGGAAACAGCAAACUGGAGCUGAAUUUCAAAGCUGGAGAUGUGAUCUUCCUCCUCAGUCGGAUCAACAAAGACUGGCUGGAGGGCACUGUCCGGGGGGCCACGGGCAUCUUCCCUCUCUCCUUCGUGAAGAUCCUCAAAGACUUCCCUGAGGACGACGACCCCACCAACUGGCUGCGUUGCUACUACUACGAAGACACCAUCAGCACCAUCAAGUCUGUGGCCUGGGAGGGAGGGGCCUGUCCAGCCUUCCUGCCAUCCCUACGACCACCAGCCCUCACAUCACCUUCUCAUGGGUCCCUCUCCCACUCCAAAGCCCCCAGUGGCUCCCAGAUGAGCCACAAUGCUGUAACAAGCCAUCAACGUCCAGGGUGGUCUGACCAGCCUCAUUCCCCUUUCCCCCACCCCACACCCCACUUCCAGCCUGAUGCCUCCUUACUCCAGCCUGUCACCCCCUUAGGGACAUCGCGGUGGAGGAAGAUCUUAGCAGCACUCCCCUAUUGAAAGACCUGCUGGAGCUCACAAGGCGGGAGUUCCAGAGGGAGGACAUAGCUCUGAAUUACCGGGACGCCGAGGGGGAUCUGGUUCGGCUGCUGUCGGAUGAGGACGUAGCGCUCAUGGUGCGGCAGGCUCGCGGCCUCCCCUCCCAGAAGCGCCUCUUCCCCUGGAAGCUGCACAUCACGCAGAAGGACAACUACAGGGUCUACAACACGAUGCCAUGAGCUGGCGGUGUCCCUGGAGCAGUGACGGGACACCAGCAAGAACCUGAAGCAGAGGAGAUUGGGACCAGGAAAACCUGGGAGGAUGGGCAGACUUCCUGUCUUUGAGGCUAAUGGACCCAUGGGGCUUGUAAUCUGUCUCUUUCUACUAUUUACAUCUGAUUUAAAUAAACCAUUCCAUCUGAAAGGGG